GACAAAGAUACAGAUCUGGGACGUUUGCAAACUAUUGGUAUGAGAAAAGACUACGUUCUGGAGGUCAAGAGCUCGGACACCAAGUGUCCCGACGUGAUCUAUCAGGACGACAGCAAGCAGACCCAAGGCACGGACGCCAGCGAGACCAGGCCGCAAAAGUACAUAAAAUUUACGGUGCGGUCCGCGCGGCAGCAGGACGGGACCUUGACUCUUGUGGUGCAGCUUGUUUUGCUUGCUGCAGCAGUUUGUGCAUUAUAUGUUGCCAUUUGCAACGGACAGAUACUAGACAGAAUACUACGACGGGCGCAGCUUGAAAAGACCGGGUUGAACGACGUUUGGAUUGCGCGAACGGUUCGAGCGUUUGUGUUUCUUGUCUGCUACCGCAUGGUGAACUGGGCAUACGGCUCAUUCCGGGCACAGACGGAAGAAAGCCUGAUAAUUAUUCCAAAUCUGGGCGUACAGAUCGAGUCGUACAGGGUGCGAAAAAGCGGGUCUGCAUCGGUGCUUCUGCUGCUUAGCAGAGUCUUGGGGAAAUCGGAAUUAAGCAGACAUGUGCCCGCUGCAAAGACGCUCAACAGACAGUUUUUCCCUAUGGAAGACGUGCGUGAUCUGGCGAUAGUGGAGGGCUUCAAGAACUUCCAGGUCAUUUUUUACCUGGCUCUCAUGGUCGGAGACGGCCCCCAGGACGAUCAGUUACAAAUAGUGGUGAUCUUCCCAAAUCUACUACCCAGGAAAAAGCUGCUGCAGGCUGUUUGGCGCAGAAGCAGGGAAUACCUGGAUAAUUCGCAAUAAUGAAACAAUCACCUGUCUCAGGGGUGGAGCAUCCAAUUUACCCAAUACAGGUAGUAUCGGUGUAAUUGGGCCAGACAUCGCAAACCUUGGACCGUACGGUACCGUAACUUGGGACGCCGUCCCAAUCGGGAAGUCAGAUCUAGUGGAGAUUCCCUGUUCGGGCAAGGUCGUGUCCUAUCUGCCCGAUUCUCUUACACUUGAAGCAAAAUGU